GCCCCGCCAUGCGGGCCCGGGUGCUGCGCGCCUGGCGCGAGGGCGUGCGGGCGGCGGGGCCGCCAUGGCGGGUCCUGUUCUUCGGCAGCGACCGCUUCGCCGUGACCGCCCUGCGAGCCCUGCGGGCCGCCGGGGAGCCCAGCGAGGACUCGCUCGUAUCCCGGCUGGAGGUGGUGACCCUGCCCUCCCCCCCGCCCGGGGACCUGCCCGUGAGGAGCUGUGCCCGGGAGCUCCAGCUGCCUGUGCACGAGUGGCCACACACGGGACCAGUGGGACAGUUUGAUGUGGGUGUGGUGGCAUCUUUUGGACGUCUUCUAAGCGAGGACCUCAUUCUGCAGUUCCCGUAUGGCGUGCUGAAUGUCCAUCCCAGUUGUCUCCCACGAUGGCGUGGUCCUGCACCCAUCAUCCACACAGUGCUUCACGGUGAUAAGGUGACUGGGGUGACAAUUAUGGAAAUCAGACCAAAAAGGUUUGAUGUAGGUCCAAUUAUUAAGCAAGAAGAGGUUGCUGUUCCUCCCUGCUGUACAGCACAGGAGCUGGAAGGGAUGCUGGCAAAGAUAGGUGCAAACAUGCUGUUAUCAGUUUUGAAGAACUUGCCUGAAAGUUUAAAAAAUAAAAAAGAGCAGCCAAAAGAAGGAGUAACAUUUGCUCCUAAAAUCUCUGUAGCGAAGAGUUGUAUAAAAUGGGAAGAGCAAACAGCUGCACAAAUAAUUCAGCUGCAUCGUGCAAUAGGAAGUAUGUUUCCUUUGCAGACACUCUGGAAGGGUACUACUGUUAAACUCCUGGAUUUUGUGGAAGUAGAUAAUAUCCCUGGCUUUUCUGAUCAAAUACUAAAUGACUGUGGAGUUGUUCCUGGUUCAGUGCUGUUCCAUAAAAUGUCCCAAACAUUGGUAGCUCGCUGCAAGGAAGGCUGGGUUGGAAUCAAAACAGUCAUUUUAAAGAAGCAGCUUACAGCAGUUGACUUCUACAAUGGAUAUAUGCACUCUUGGUUCCAGCAGAAUCCAAGAACAGUUCAUCAGGAAUGCAGAUUUCAAACACUCAAACUUAGCACAGCAAAAAAGACUCUGAAAGAGAGGGGAAUACUGGCACAGGAUAUAAAGCAGUAAAUGUAUUUUUAAUGUCUGUAAGUUGAUAUAAAAUAUUUCAAAGCCCACCUAUAACAUUCAACUUAAUUAAGGGAUUUCCUCCCAUAGUGUUUGAUCUUAUUGUCAUCCACAUGUUUUCAUGGUGGGUUCCUGAAGAUACUUCUUCUCUUACCCCAUUAAGGAAGAGAAUCUCCAUGAGUGCUGUAGAUACUGAAUAAAUCCCUGUUUUGACUGUUGAGAAAUAAAUUUAUUUUUAUACAACAUUUUAGGUUUUUUUUUUUUAAGACUUUGGUGUAAUUUUCUUCAGGCACAGGUUUUGGACUGUUACUUUAAUCUGGAAAUACUAAAAUCCAAUGAGCUUUUCUGUUGCUCACUGAUACUUAGACUGUCUAGUUUGAUAUUCUUGUGGAUCCUAAAAU